AUGCAAGCUGAUAUCAAUACUUCACAUGCCUUUGCACUAUUUAACAUUGCUCCCGUGAACUGGGACUACGAAGACCAUGCCGUGCCUUCACCCUCGAAGCUAGGUUCCGUGCCUGUAACCUUCUCGGCUGAAUACAACUCCCAGACUUUCAAUGCCAACCUGGUUUGGAGCUAUCACGCGAAUGAGACAAUAAACGACCAGCUUAACAUGCACUCCCCAUUUCAGUAUGAUCGGGAGAUUUGCACGCAUGUCCUGCCGGAGAUCCGUCUAGAGCCAAUAGACACAUGUGUUGCCCAUCACACUCUUCUUGGCAAGGACGGCGUUUCUGGACUGCAUGCUCUAGCCUACAUACAAGUUGUCACGGCCCGUGACGCGGGGCAUGGGUGGGCAGAAAAAGCAACAGCCCUUCCUCUGACCUUAAUCCUUAUUUAUCAAGGUCAAGCCGUGCUCGCAGCUCCUUCUACGAUGUACGGAGGUACCGUACAGCCUUUUCUCCAAGGUACCGAGGGCUGCAAGUGUUCGGAUGCGCGUCAUUCUGGGUGUAGGGUUGAAAACCAAACCUCUCGCAUCGUGAAGAGAGGGGGUCUGCCGACGACUAGUCCGUCACCCCGUCCCAUGAUGCUGCAACAUCCCCGCGGCCCCGCCCCCAUGUCCUCGUUUCUUUUUGCAGUUUGCAUGGAGUGCCCCCACACCGUAGACCGACUGGUUGAUACGGCAGACAAAAUGCAGCACGCCUCGAUCUGUCUGCAGCAUGGUGGUUCUAGAGCCCCUAGCCUUUGGUAUCCCCCCUGA